AGAAAUGAUAUAAUAUAUGCUAUCUUACAUUGGCUAAAACGGCUAUAAAUAGAUAGUGAAAUUCCAAUAUCCAUACAAACAAAUAAGCAGAAGUGAGACUUCAUAUUCAAAAUGAGACCUGCUUUACCUUUGCUUCCUUUCCUCUUCCUUUUUUUGAUUGCUGCUACCGUGGAAUCAAGAAAAGAUCAAGGAGAAUAUUGGAAAAUGAUCAUGAAAGAUGAGGAAAUGCCCGAAGGAAUUCAAGGCCUUCUUCAAUUGAAGUCUGAGAUCAAACCAGGAAAGAAUUCCGAACACAAAUGUGAUGAAGAGCAUGUGGUUACAAACAAUGAAUAUAUCAUAGAGAAAAAGGUGUUCACUGAAGAAUUGGAGCCAAGACCCAACAUUUCAGCUUAUGAUGAUGACCAUGUUGAUACAAAGGCAAAUAAGAAAUACAUGGAGGAUUUGGAACCUAGGCCAAACAUUUCAGCUUAUGAUGAUGACCACGUUGAUACAAAGGGGAAUAGGAAAUACAUGGAAGAUUUGGAGCCUAGGCCAAGUGUCACAGCAUAUAGUGAAGAAAUCGUGAAAACCUUUGAGCCAAGGCCUAGUGUCACAGCAUAUAUUGAACAUGAUCAUAAAGGUGAGAAGCUAGCGUUGAACAGUGAGUUUGAACCCAGACCAAGUGUCACAUCAUAUCGUGAACAAAUUGUGAAAACCUUUGAGCCGAGACCUAGUGUCACAGCAUAUAUCAAAGAUGGUCAUAAAGGUGAGAAGCUGAUGGUGGCUAAUGAGUUUGAACCAAGACCAAGCGCUACCAAGUAUAAUGACUAAACGUAGAACAGUAAUGUAACAGUCUUCCCAAUGUAUUUUUUUUUAAAGCGUGGUGUGAUGUAUUAGUCUUUAAAUAAAUGCAUGUAAAAUAAUGGGUGUUCUAAAAGAAUAAUAAGGGAGGGGUGCUCUUUAGUUGUUAUUAUUCGUGUCUUUUCACUAUUGAAUGAAAGAUUAUAUAUUGCCAUGUUUUUCUAUA